AUGGCUGAUGAGAAGACCUUCCGCAUCGGCUUCAUCGUGCUGGGGCUCUUCCUGCUGGCCCUCGGCACGUUCCUCAUGAGCCACGACCGGCCCCAGGUCUACGGCACCUUCUACGCCAUGGGCUGUGUCAUGGUGAUCGGGGGCGUCGUCUGGAGCAUGUGCCAGUGCUACCCCAAGAUCACCUUCAUACCCGCUGACUCGGACUUCCAAGGCAUCCUGUCCCCAAAGGCGCUGGGCCUACUGGAGAAUGGGCUUGCCGCCGAGAAGAAGAGCCUCCAGCCCCCGUACGUCAGGCUGUGGGAGGAAGCUGCCUACGACCAGAGCCUGCCCGACUUCAGCCACAUCCAGAUGAAGGUCAUGGGCUACCGCGAGGACCCCCGGCCCCUGCUGGCCCCCGAGCAGGGACAGCCGCAGCUGGGAGCCAGUGCUGGAGAAGAAGGUGGCCCUUGUGAAGCUCAGGCCUGGACGGAGGCUGCGGUGGUCAUCCACAGGGGCUCAGAGGAGGACGGGGGAGAAAGAAGCUCGACUGAGAGCAGGCCUGGCCUGCAGGCCUGUCCCCAGAGGUCUGCACCCUUGGCAUCCUUCCAAGAUGACCUGGAUGUGGACUCCAGCGAGGGUGGCAGCCCCAACCUGUCUCCACCUGAUGGUGACGAAUCUCCUGGGCCGCCUGGGGAGCCCUGGGCCCACAAGCAGCAGCUGGACCGCUUCCGGGACUUUGCCCUGAUCGAUGCCCCCACGUCAGAGGACGCACCUCCAGAGCAGCAGUGGCCCCCCUGUUGGCAGCCGUCCCAAAGGACGAGGGAGGAAGAAGAGAAGGCUUCAGACAGAGGCACAAAGGAGCCAGAGCAGGAAGAGGAGGACUUGUACUAUGGGCUGCCGGACAGCCCUGGGGACCCCUUUCCGGACAAGGAACUGGGCUUUGAGCCCGACGCCCAGGGCUGAGAUGGGACACUCCCCGGGUUAUCUAGCCCUGCACUGCUGCUCACCCCCACGUGACCUCAUGGGGCCUCAAUGUCCCUGUCUGUUAAAUGGGGCUGUAUGGAGGUUUGUAGGAGACAGUGGACCCGAGCGCACUCUGACGGCUCAGAGAAGUGCAUGGGGACAGGAUGUUUGCGUCUGUGGACCACUCAUUGCUCUCCGUUCUUAGUUUUCUCUGGUGAGGCUUUGCAGGUAGACUAGGAUUUGUUGAGAAGUUUCGCAGCCGCGGGGGCCUUCAAGAGCCUUUUCUUUUUCCCCUUAAGCUGGCCUCUGAGCGAGGCCCAAUUUGGUGCCACCCACCGAGGCCCUGAUCCUCUGUGAGGGUCUCUCGGGGUCCCCAUUCCUGUGGAGUCUUGGACCCACCAUGCCCCUCCCGCCCCACGCCCAGAGGAUGGUGUGAUCCAGGUUCAGUCAGAGCUAACCUGGCCCAGCCUGCCCACAUCCCGUCCCUCCCAGGGCCCAGGAUCCUAAACCUUCCAUGAGUCACCUCUGCGAAGCUCCCGGCUUUCUCCCUGGUCAGCCCCCCACCCCUACCUCCUCUCCUCCAAUUCCACGCCGCCCUCCCACUGCCCCAAGCCCAUCCCAAGCCAUCCCCUCCCCCAGCGUGCCCUUGCUUCCUUGCGUGUCUGGCGAAUCCACGCUCAUCCUUCAAACCCUCCCCCAAAGCUUUGCCUGAUGUUCCCACCUGGCGGAAUGGGUGCUUUCCGGCUCCUCUGUGCCACCUUUGGGCCUCGAACUCUCACUGCUGAGGCAGGGCUGCCUGCCCGUGGCUCAGGCGUUUGCUCUCCUCACCUCAGGAUCUCCUGUGCUCAGGGCAGUGGUCACAGAAGGUUUACAAGCCUGACUGGAGCCUUCUGCAGGUGAUGCCCCCUUGCCCAGCCCCGAACUCUCAGACCCGCACCCCUUCACUCUCUGGCAUUCAGAUCUCCAAAUGGCAUGUACAGGACUCACAAAGGCGGGCAGAAGGCCCCCCAGAAACGCCUUUCCCCACAGAAUAUAUCUGCACUGGCCUAUGAUCGCAGUGGAAA